AAAAAAAAAACCCUCACACUCCCACACUCCCAGGAGGCCAGCCAACACACCUGUUGGAACUUUGCAUACAGGGUAUCUUCUCUCUUCAAGCUUGAACUGCAGCUCAGUAACAAAUGGGCUACAGACACCAGGGGCUUGCCCAUGGAAGCCCCAAGGCCUAGAGAGACUGCCAGAGAUUUGAUGGCUGUCACUCUCCACUGCAGCCUCAGUCCAGGGUCUGCCAGGCACCAAGAGCUCACACUUUGCCCUUCUAAGUGCCAAGCCCCUCACAAGCAUCAUCUCAUUGUUUAGAGUGGGGGCUUCAGCACCAGACAAAUGCAGGUUUGUAUCCAACUCAACCACAUGCUGGUGAGAGAGUCACCAUCUCUGAGCAGACCUGUGACUCCUGUUCCAAAUGGGUGUGGAACCAUGAUGUGUUACGACUCGCAACCUGCCAUAACCUCAUGGCCCUGGCCUUCACAGCAAAGUCCACUAGAAUAAGCAUUCCCUCACCAGUCAGAACAUCCUGGACGCUGAGCAGCCUUUUCUGAGAGCCUGGUGCUUUUCAUAGCCCUGGGAGACUCCUCUAAUCCCAGCCACCAGGUUGUCACUAUAGAACUAAUUAAAUCAUCUGUCCUCGUAUCCACAGCUCAACAUUAGAAUGGGAGAUGGUUCAGGGAGCCAAUUAGAGGCCAGGCAUUGGAAGGUGGUAGAGGUGAGAGCCUCACACCUGGGCUCUUGUCUGAUAAGUCCAGGCCUGAGUUAGGGGACCUUGGCCUAAAGAGCCUGUCUUGACUGGAUCAUGAGAGGGGACUGAGUCUACACAGCUGGCCUGGCCUCAGGCCUGGAGCUUUAGCUCAAGGACAAGAACACCCAUAAAGCCAGGCUAGCUCCCAACCUCACAUCUGCCACGAUGUUGCUGCUCAGCCUGACUCUGAGCCUGGUUCUCCUCAGCUCCUCCUGGGGCUGCGGUGUUCCUGCCAUCAAACCGGCACUGAGCUUCAGCCAGAGGAUUGUCAACGGGGAGAAUGCAGUGCCGGGCUCCUGGCCCUGGCAGGUGUCCCUGCAGGACAGCAGCGGCUUCCACUUCUGUGGUGGUUCUCUCAUCAGCCAGUCCUGGGUGGUCACUGCUGCCCACUGCAAUGUCAGACCUGGCCGUCACUUUGUUGUCCUGGGCGAGUAUGACCAAUCAUCCAAUGCAGAGCCCCUGCAGGUUCUGUCCAUCUCUCGGGCCAUUACACACCCUAGCUGGAACCCCACUACCAUGAACAAUGACGUGACGCUGCUGAAGCUCGCCUCACCAGCCCAGUACACAACACGCAUCUCACCAGUUUGCCUGGCAUCCUCGAAUGAGGCUCUCACUGAAGGCCUCACGUGUGUCACCACCGGCUGGGGUCGCCUCAGUGGUGUGGGCAAUGUGACACCAGCACGUCUGCAGCAGGUGGCUUUGCCCCUGGUCACUGUGAAUCAGUGCCAGCAAUACUGGGGCUCAAGUAUCACUGACUCUAUGAUCUGCGCAGGUGGCGCAGGUGCCUCCUCGUGCCAGGGUGACUCUGGAGGCCCUCUUGUCUGCCAGAAGGGAAACGCGUGGGUGCUUAUUGGUAUUGUCUCCUGGGGCACCAAAGACUGCAAUGUGCGCGCACCUGCUAUGUACACCCGAGUUAGCAAGUUCAGCGCCUGGAUCAACCAGGUCAUAGCCUACAACUGAGCCCACCACAGGCCCCUCCGCAGCUCAACCCAUUAAAGACUCAGGCACUGUCCCAUCAUGCAUUCUUGUCUGUCUUUCUGGCUCAGGAUAAAGGAGAGGCUGUUGAGGGUCGGACUCCCUACCUGGAAUUCUGACAUGGAAGGGGCUGAGUGACUCCUUGAAUAGUAGUGGUUCUUCCUAGAGUAGCCAUGCCCUCCUCCAGGGCAACCCCUUGGUUCUACAGCAAGAAGCCAGAGCUGUUGGAAUGAAUGGCAGCCCUCCCUGGAGAGGCAGCCUGUUUACUGAAUACAGAGGAUACAUUUACAAACUGAAUACACGUAAUAAAUAACUGCACAUUCUCCAUCCA